AAAAGCGCCGGUCUGCGGGCUGGAGGGUCAGUUCAAGACCUUCAGGAGCGGUACCCACAGGAGCACAGGGUGGGAUUUUUACACUGAGGGACUUUUCAGGACAGUACUGGAUAAUCUCAAAUGACUGGAAUAAUGAAGUCUCCAAAGCUGAAACCUCAAGCGAAGUUCGUCAAAGAGGAGGAUCUGAACGACGUGCUGUGUGAGUUCGACGCGGUGAUCGAAGACUUCACGUCGCCGGUGGAGAAGCGACACUUCAGGUACGACGAACACCUGAAGACCGUGAAGAGGAGGAGCAGCGCCAGCGUCAGCGACAGCGGCAUCAGCGACUCAGAGAGUGCAGAGUCGCUCAACAGAAACAGCUUCAGCUUCAGUGACGAGAGGCUGAAUUCCCCCACUGUGUUCUCGCCUACCACCACCUCACCUCCUCUCAUGUCACCCAAACCCAAACUCGGCGACACUAAAGAUCUGGAGGACUUCAUUGCCGACCUUGACAGGACAUUAGAGAGCAUGUGACGCCGAGGCUUGCAGUCAUCUUGGAGUGUAGCCAUGGGAGGGAGUGGAUGUCUGGACCCCCCCUUGAGCCGCUAACAUGCGCCCGGCCCCCACACUGAAAACCACCCAACAGGAUACAGCUGGAUGGCACAGCAACUUCCAAGUGGCUCCACCACGGCAUCAGGUCUAGCCAGCACUCUCCUAAAGUUAACCCAGCAGUGCUCUACUAACUCCAGGCCACCUGGCUACUGGGCUGUAAUGACUGCAAGAAGGGUCAAAAUUAGCAUUGUAGGGAACCUGAGGACAAGAAUACUCAGCAGCCACGAGGCAAUGGACUCCAUGAAACGUUGUGAGGAAUGAAGAUGUGGAAUAUAUGCUGCAAAGAGUCACUGGAACAUUUAUUGUCAGAAUCACAAAUCACCCCACCACACAGACCAGGUUACACUCCCUCACCCCAACUUGAGCUGGAAGAGUAUUUAAAAAUAGCUUUUUAUAAUAGAAAUAUAUUUGUAAUUUUAUAGAGCUCCUUAUUGCCUUUUUUGUGAAAUAUAUUUUUGUAUCUUAUGUAAAUAAUAAUUGUUUCAAAUUCUAUUUGCCAUGGUAUUAACAGGACAGUCAGAUUAAGAUUUGACACUCGACCGGAAUAAAGUUGGUUACGUGCUUAAAUGUGAACUCAAAACUUCAUCCACUCUGAAAAAACUGGAAAGCAAUGUGUGUAUUUAAUACAGCUAAUGUCUGCCAGAGAUAACAUUAAAGUAUAAAAUAAUUUUCUUA